AACUAGUAGUACUACUACCUCUACCCCUGUCCUUCUACUAGUAGUACUACUCGUCUCCCACUACUACUGCUACAUAACCAACCCUGUACGUAGAAGUUCCACUACAUAGACAAGGAGAGAGCAGUUCGAAGCUUCACUCACUCUAUAACCUCAUCUAAGUUCUCCUCACUCUCAACUCACUUCAAAUCCAUCAUCAUCAUCAUGCCCAAAGGAGCCGGUCUGACCAAGCCCAUGAAGCUCAGCCCCGAGCUGGCCGAGGUGGUGGGCAAGAAAGAGGCUUCCAGAGCCGAAUGCAUCAAGCAACUCUGGGCCUACAUUAAGAAACAUAAUCUUCAAGACCCCGAGAACAAACAGUACUUCACCCCUGACAAGAAAAUGGCCAAGGUUUUCGGUGAAGACAGAAUCAGAGCCUUUGGCAUGGCCAAAUUCAUUGGUGCACACCUCUCUUAAGAAAACUUCAUAGAGCCCCUGUUUGUUUCAUGUCUUAAUUGAAAGAGAUCUUCGUACAAAAAAUCGAAUGCAAGUUUGGAAAAAAUUAGGCCAUCUAUGUUGAAUGUUCAGAAUGCGACUUCUCAGUGGAUCAUCUCAUUCUGCUACAGAAGUUGAAGUAUUACUUAAUUAUGAGUUUCAUGUCAUUGCAAAAUCGUUUCAAUCGAAUGUAUGCGUAAGGAUGGUCUGAAAGCAAAAAUAAAAUCAUCUUUAACUAAUCAAA